CAAGUUGUGGAAACUCUUUGAUCGCCACCGACUACUGGACUUGUUGAAAGAAGGCUCGAGCAGUGACUUUUAAUAUUUGGACUUUCUCCGCCGUGUCAAGCGUUGUUUUUCUAUGAACCUUGGAUUUGAGAAAUCAUUGCUUGAGGCAGCAGCACAUUUGUGUGAAUUAGCGGCUCCGAAAAGAAACCAUAUCUGGUCAAAGUAUUCAGCUGUCACAUGCGCUAUAUAUAGUGUGGGAUAAGCGCUGUCUGAAGUCCUGUGGUUGGGGGGCUCAACUGUUCCUGCCUUUUUUCUUUUCUUUUCUUCUGUCCUCUUCUUCCCUUUUAUCUUAUUCAUCAUGUUCCGUAAAGAGAUGGAGAAGUACCGGGAUGUGGAUGAGGAUGAGCUCUUGCAGAAGCUCAGUGAAGAGGAGCUCAGGAGACUAGAGGAUGAACUUGAAGAGCUUGAUCCUGAUAACGCACUGUUGCCAGCAGGAUAUAGACAGAGGGAUCAGACUAAGAAAGCUCCGACUGGAACUUUCCAGAGAGAUAACCUUCUAGCUCACCUGGAGAAACAAGCCAAAGAACAUCCAGAUCGAGAUGAUCUUGUUCCCUACACUGGCGAGAAAAGAGGAAAAGUGUGGGAGCCUAAGACAAAAGUUGUUGACCCUAUCCUGGAAGAUGUCACUCUGGAGCCUGAACUAGAAGAGGCGCUAUCUAGUGCUACUGAUGCAGAAUUGUGCGAUAUAGCAGCCAUCUUGGGUAUGCACACACUGAUGAGCAAUCAGCAGUAUUAUGAAGCACUGGCCAGCAGUACUAUCGUCAACAAGCAGGGUUUGAACAGUGUAAUCCAGUGUACUCAGUAUAAGCCAGUGCCAGAUGAACAGCCCAAUGACACAGAUGUAGAGGAAACACUACAGAGGAUCAAAAGCAAUGAUCCAGAUCUUACUGAGGUCAACCUAAAUAACAUCAAGAAUAUUCCAGUCCCAACUUUGAAAGCAUAUGCUGAAGCUCUUAAAGGGAACAGUGUUGUGGAGCGCCUGAGCAUCGUUGGCACCAGAAGUAAUGAUCCUGUAGCCUUUGCAUUAGCAGACAUGCUGAAAGUGAACACCACUCUGAAGAGUCUAAACGUGGAGUCAAACUUCAUUACUGGAGCUGGAAUUCUGGCACUCGUGGAAUCCUUAAAGAGCAACACUACACUUCAGGAGUUAAAGAUUGACAACCAAAGCCAGCCUUUGGGUAAUAAGGUUGAGAUGGAGAUAGCUAAUAUUUUGGAGAAGAACACUACUCUGCUGAAGUUCGGAUACCACUUCACCCAGCAGGGCCCACGCUUGCGUGGAUCUAAUGCCAUGAUGAGCAACAAUGACCUUGCACGUGUAGUUCGGUCGGACACAGAUGGCGCGAUCACAUUCACUCUGUCGGUCCCUGAGCUGGAAAGAGCCUUCUGUAAAAAGUUCAAGUUCACAUCAAAACCCAAUAAGAAAGAGAAGGCUUGAAGGAGGGCCCAUCUUUCCUAAAUGUCGGACAAACGUGUAGCAGCAGCAGCGGGAACCCUCUAUGGCCUGGGACCUGCACCAGUAUACUGUACAUCACAUCACACCCCAUCUCAUCCCAAAUCCUCCCUCCAUUUCUGUCCCUUUCACAGGUAACUCACAGGAUCAUCUAAAGAAAACAUAUUCAAUUCAGAAUCCUUUUUUUCAAAGCCCCAGAUCUGGAAACCCAAAGGUACCACUCUGUUUACCAGACACAUAGUUACUCAUGGCGGAGUGUUUUAGAAAUGUGUAAACUACCUGCCAUAACAUUAGUAGGGAAAAAUCAUCUACUUGUGUUGAUGGAAGCGGUAAAGAUGAAAAUGACGCUCAGUUUAUCACAAUGUUCUCAGCUGACAUAAUCCUCAUGCUGUAAACAGUUUGACCUUAAAGCCAGUCAUUUUGCUGUGUUUGGAUGCACACCAAGAGCAUCAAACUUCAAACUUGACUGAUUGUAGCUGUGGUUUUGCCUUGUCCAGGCCAGUUUGAGUCUCACUAUAGUGGUAUUACUCGCACAUGUCGCAUAGAAGCAUGUUUUUGCUGUGUGUUUUUGGGAUAUGCUGUAAUUUUGACAUGUUCUUCUCUUCAAAUGUUUAACAACUGGUAAAUUUGUCGCUCUACAAAUGAAUUGUUGGCAAGUCACUGUACUGUGGUUUCUAGUAUGCGCGUUUGACUGCAGAAUCAGGUGAUCUCCACUAUGCUGCGAAUACCAAUGGAAGUGCAUUGUUGGUGCAUAUUUGUCGCUCACAUUGAAAAUGAAUGCAAAUUCAUUUUGCGAAUUGGUCACCUGAUAACAAUACAAAAUCAAAGCUCUAAGUAUUUGCACCGCUCCAGCAUAUUUAUGAAAUUAUUUAUAGAUUUUAUAUUCUUUGUUUGAUGAGGGAAAACCUCUUUUUCAUGUUCAGGACAAGCUGUAUUUCCUUUUCCACAGUUAGCAAUAAUCUCUCUCUUUUAACAGUUUCUUUCUAUGAUAACCACUUAUCAUAACAGGAAUGUGAUUGACUUGUAAACAGUGUUCUCUGUAGUAGUCUUCCUCAUUAAAUGCCUUUUACUCUUGAGUGAGGAUUAUAACACACAAUAGCUGCGUUUCCACCGCAGGAACUUUCACCAGGAACUAGGGACAUUGGGGUGGUACUCUGUGUGUUUCGACCGCAGGCACCAGGGUCUAAAUGAAGUUCUGGGUCCCUCAGAAAACCCCUCCUCGCGAGGUAGUACUUUUGGUGCGCUCAAGUCCUCCUGGGAAGUUCAUAUUUACCAGGUGGGAAGUUGUUUACAAUGUCAGUUGCGUUCAGGCAGGUCACUUUCGUCGAAGCAAGAUGGCGGUGUACCUUCUCUUAAUUAACUACACAAAAAUACAGCAAGGGGUUGGGACUUGGGCACUGAACAUGCUGAUUGGUUUCUGAGUUCACACAGCAUUUUGAUUGGUUGACUUCAUGCAGCAUUUUAUUUCAACUACCAUUUUUAAGUCUGUUGCGGUGCGUCCAGUAAAAGUUGUUUGCUAUUUGAAGCAACAAUGGAGUUUAAAAAAUAUGACAGAUGGACUGACAGCGAGGUUCAGGCUUUAUUAAGCUUAUAUGCGGAGAAUGAAAUCCAGCCGGAACUGAAAAAGUUGUGCGCAGUCCUACAUCAACGGACUAAUCUUCAUGGUACUUUAGACAAAGACUUUAUAUACAGAAAGAUGGUGCACUCCUAUUACUAUGAAUGGGAGAAAGUGCAACGCACUCAUGCACAAUAUGGCGGAAUAAGUCCCGCCUACAAAGUAAAAGUAUCAGUCGCUGAUUGGUGAAGUCAUCGUGUCACUUCAGCUGCCGUUAGAAGCUACGGUUGCUAUAUAAACAGUCAGUUUUCUGAGAGGCACGCUUAGGACUGCGCAUGCGCGUUAGCUUGGUCCAGUCUGAAUAAUGCGUUUUUUUUGGUCAUGAUUUGAACGUUUAGAAACUAAAUUUAUUGAACGGUUGUUGUCAGACUUCAUUGUUUUUUUCAAAUAUGAAGUUUAAUCGUAAGCUUGGCAAAAAGUUUCAAAGAUGGCCGCCAAGUGAAAUGACAUGACUUAAAGGGACUUUGCUUUAGACCACAAUGGAAAUGCAGACAGCAAUAGAUCUGGGGGAAAAAAUUUUCCUGGGACAAAUUGUUCCGGGUAAUUUCGGUGGAAAUGUGGCUAAUAGAAAAAAAAUUAUCAUAAAACUUUGUAUUAUUGUCUAUGCCUGUUCUCACAAAGUAACGUCCAGGUUACUCUUCACCCAAAAUCGAAAUAUAGCACAGUACUUGCAUGGUGCUUUGAUAAUAUUAUAUAUGUAUUAUUAAACCACCAUGCAAGUAUUGUGCAUUGUGAUGGCAAUUAAGAAUUCACAUUAUAGUAAUUUUACUGUAAAAUAACUGUCAAAAUAUAAUUCAGUACAACAAACACAAUUGUACUUAACAAUUUAUAUAAUAUAAUUAUUUAGCAAAAUAUAAUUUGUUUUUUAUGCAUCUUGAUUUUGAGAUGAAAUGUGACCUGGUCAUUUCUUGCCAGUUUUUGUGAGACUAGGCAUCAUUUGCAGUGAUUUAGCAGGGUGCGUGUAUGUGUUUCUCAGAUAUUUGUUGUCCGUGAUCAGGCCUUACUCCUUUCGCACUCUCCCAGCACAGUAAAAGUCAGAAUGUUUUAUGGAUGUAAACAUUUUCCUACUGUUUAAAGGACAGAACAUUUAUAGGACUUUGUCUUGUUCAGAACCAAAAAGGGAAAAUUCACUGUUGAUUGUCAUGUCCCGUGUUUGGAAGCAGGCCCAUAAUCAUUGCCAUAGAGUGCCUGGGCUGGUGCACAUAUGUACAUUUUGUUAGUGCACCUUACUGUAUGUGGUUUAUUGAGUUAAUAAAGAUUGAAAAAGUUGCGUGGAAA